AUGGCCUCGCCCACGGUCGCCUCCCCGAGCCGGGCGAGCCCCACCGACAUCCCCACCGCCGCGCCCUCGCCCGCCUCCCCGCCGCGGCGGCUCGCGUCGGCGCCGCCCGCCGUCGACGCGUCCGGGUCCUCCUCCCCGGCCUCCACCCACUCCGGGGACCAGCUCUCCGCCCCCGACGCCUUGAGCCCGCUGCUCGCGAGCAGGAGCGAGGAGUACAGGCUUCUGUUCCGGCUGCCGCCCGACGAGGUUUUCGUGCAAGAUUUUAACUGCGCUCUCCAAGAAAAUAUCCUUCUUCAGGGGCAUAUGUAUUUAUUUCUUCACCAUAUAUGCUUCUACUCUAACAUAUUUGGAUAUGAGACAAAGAAAACAAUACCUUUGCAAGAGGUAACUGAUGUUCAGAAGCAAAGACAGCUGCCAUUUUUUCUAAUGCCAUUGAAAUUGUUGCUGCACUUUUUUGGAUCGUUCUUGUCACGUGAUGAAGCCUAUCGAAUUAUAGUAGAUGGCUGGGAACAACAUGUUAGUGAUGCAAGAUUGCUCCUUGAACGUCAGGAGACAAAGUCAGUUAGUAGCAGUGAAGAAAAUGGUUAUGUUUUAUUGGAAGGAGCAAAGGAAUCUAAACAAGAUGAAGAUUCAUCACCACCGGACAGGUCUGUCGAUAGUACAGCUGUCUCUAGUAGUGCUGAUGGUGGUGAUUCGAACAUCAACAUUUCCAAAAGGUUUUCAAAAGUUGAGGAGAAUGGACUCGAAGACAACAUCAUCGCACUGAACCCAUUCAAUUUGGAACCACUUGAUGAUGCUCCUCCUAGUGAAUUUAGUUGCUCGAAAUGGCGUACAGAUGAGCAAGGGGGACUUGUAAGGGAUGUCUCAUUUUUGCAUCCGAUAAAAAUUUAUCUCGGUGCAAAAUUUGGGACUUGUCAAGAGGUUCAGAAACUUCGUCUUUACAAAAACAGGCAUCUAAUGAUUCAAACCUCUCAGUCAAUAGGUGAUGCCCCAUAUGGGGACCAUUUCACUGUAGAGGGCAUCUGGGAUGUCGAACAGGAUAGCCUAGAUGAGAACUGUUGUGACCUCAGGAUAUAUAUUAAUGUAGCCUUCUCAAAGAAAACGAUAUUUAGAGGAAAAAUAGAGCAGUCAACAAAAGAUGAAUGCCGUGAAGUUUUCAGUCUCUGGAUUAAGCUUGGUCAUGAUCUUUUGAAGCAGGAAUAUGAUCGAUCAAAAGGCACCUCCAGCACAGCUGAUUCUGGUGUUCAACCAGGGCUACAACAAACGAGGAAAAUACCGUGGAAGUACAAGUUCCAGUGCAAAGAUCCACACCUUCAUAAUGAUACAUGGCAUAUAUUUCAGUGCAUGCGGUGUGAAAUUGCCAAUACCACGCUGGAUACAAAUACCAGUUAUUUGCUGAAAAUCAAAUUGCUUGGCAAUCGCAAAAAGGCUAGAAAGGAUGUCAAAUGUUUUAGUUUUGAUAUGGUUGUCGAUUCGGACUUGUCAAAUUAUAUGGAUUUCAUUGAGUCAAUUGUAGACAAGUAUCCACCAGGUUAUUUGGAAGUUGCUCAUAUUCAGUACUAUGAUCAUGUUCUGAAAACUUUUCCGAAAGUAAAUUCAGACCAAGAUUUGAUGUACAUGUUUGAUAUGCACAAUAAGGAGAAGGUUGUAGACAUGUUUAUUAUUUAUUGUGAUCCCUCUGAAACAUUUGAGCCUAUCACUGAAUGGGAUUUUGAUGGGGAAGAGCAACCUGACAGCAACAGGGUCCAAGCUGAUGAUGAUUAUCUAAGAAAUCCAAAUCCAAUGAAUGAACAUGUCAGUGUUGAUGAGGAGACAAUUUACAUGCAAAAUGAACCUAUCAAUGCUCUAAGUGUGGUUGGGUGUUCUGAUAGAGGGAAGGAAAAGGUUGUGGCUAAGGAUGAAGAUGAUUUCGAGGAUGACUCGAAUCGACUUCUGAUGUGA